AUGCCCUGGAUAUCAUGUUUGCCCUUGAUCCCGGCAGCAAGUCGCGGAAAAACGGCACCAUCUUGCCACAGAAUUUCUGGAUCCAUUCCAACGAUUUCUCAUUACUCCAUACACUUCAAUAUCGUGCUGAACCGAGUUGUAAAUCCAGGUGAUAUGCCCACCACAGAUGUCAGUGAAUUGAACAUAAUAGCCACGGUGCUAGGAUUGUUUACGAUACUUUUCGGGCUCACAUCAUUCAAGAUCAAGGAUGUCUGGUACCUGGGAGAAGCAUUACCAGCCGUUGCAACGGGCAUAGUCUUGGGCCCUAUCGGCUCUAAAUUCUUGGACAUGGAUAGAUGGGUAGACAAGAGUCAGCAAGCAAAGGCAACACUGGGUGUGAUGCGAUUAAUGAUUGGAAUUCAGCUUGUUCUCGCAGGUUAUCAACUUCCCAAACGAUACCUGCAAACACGAUUCAAGGAGAUUACUACAUGUCUAGUGCCCGUCAUGACCAUCAUGUGGCUUUCAACAACAGCAUGCGUCAUGGCGAUAAUUCCUCGGAUGCCAUUCACAUUGGCCCUUGUUGCCGCCGCAUGUGUCACAUCAACCGAUCCUGUGCUCUCUCAAGCAGUUGCCAAGGGAGCAUUUUCCGACAAGUUUGUUGUGCGACCUCUGAGAGAGAUAAUAUCUGCAGAAGCCGGUGCAAAUGAUGGCUUUGCCUCACCCUUUCUCAUGUUGGGCAUUGGAAUUAUUUUCCAGUCCGACAAAUCCAAUGACACGGCGGGCACCUUGGCAACUUUUGGCGGAGUCAUCAAGUUUUGGAUCAUUGAAGCGCUUCUAUACACGGUCUUCCUUUCUGUCGGCUACGGAUUUAUUGUUGGAUAUUGUGCCCAAAGGGCAGUCGGAUUCUCACUGUCGCGGAAAUGGAUAGAUUCAGAGAGUUAUUUACUAUUUCCCACGGCCUUGGGUCUCUUUGUGGUCGGAACUUGUGGCGCAAUAGGCACGAGUGACUUGCUCGCAUGCUUUAUUGCAGGCUGCACGGUAAACUGGAAUGGCCGUUUCCACGCUGAAGCAAAACGUCGACACGAUCAAGUCAACAAUUGUGUCGAUGUUUUGCUAAACUAUGGAGGCUUCAUGUUUAUUGGUGUGACUUUGCCUUGGGAUCAAUUUCACCAACCCGAGGUGACCGGAAUAACUUGGGCCAGGCUCCUGUGUUUGGGUUGCAUGGUAUUGAUUUUCCGGAGAAUACCAGCACUGCUCAUGUGUUAUAAAUUCAUGCCUGCAGUCGUCAAGAACUGGAAAGAAGCCAUAUUCAUGGGAUACUUUGGUCCAAUCGGUGUUGGAGCCAUUUAUUAUCUCGAGCAUACUCAACUGCUGCUGCUGUCCCGGGGGAAAAUUAGCUCAAAAGAGGAGCAAUUAUUACUCUCUCUUACUCCCAUUGUGUACUUUUUGGCCUUGUUCUCGAUUCUGGUACACGGUUUGUCCAUUCCAGCAUUGAACAUGAUUUACGUGCGAUUCAAUGUCCAACCUGUCACGAAUGAUGCCGAACAAGUCCGCCGCAAGAGUGCCCAUGUUGCGACACCCAUCAACGCCAUUAGCACAGAACAAGGGACAUUUAUUGCUUUUAAUCGAUUUGACCGUCCUGAUCAAGGUGGAGAUCAGGACGAAAGGGCAAAUCUCCAGUGUUGUGGGACACAAAGUCUCGAUUCUACAAAUGAGACAACUGGGAGUGAUUUGGCAUUAAAGGCAAAAACAACUCGGGACCAGUGUGCAACCACUCAUCAACCGAAUGCUCCUGAUAUCGGAGUCGAAAAGGUCGUGUAA